CAGCCGUAUACGUAUGGACAAGCAGUCAAGCAACCUUAAUGAAUGGCUUUUGUUCAUUCGCUCUAUAUAUAUAACAUGGUCUUCCUCGCAAAGACAACAUACAACAACAACAAAAACAAAUUUAAAUAUUUACCAAUCUUUUUUUUUUUGUUCUAUUAAGAAAACUUUAGCGAUUUGUUAGCAAAAAAAGAAAUGGGAAACAGUUUACGGUGUUGUUUAGCUUGUGUACUUCCAUGUGGAGCUUUAGAUUUGAUCCGCAUCGUACAUCUCAACGGCCAUGUUGACGAGAUCACUCAUCCGAUGACCGCAGGCGAGAUCCUUCAGGCGAAUCCUAACCAUGUCUUAAGCACACCAUGUUCGCAAGGAGUUGUUCGUAAGAUCUUGAUCUUGUCUCCCGAAUCUGAGCUUAAGCGUGGAAGCAUCUAUUUUCUUAUACCGGAUACUUCAUUGCCGGAGAAGAAGAAGACAAAGAAGAAAAAGGAACUCCAACGUCAGAAAAAGAGCCCUGAAAACCCCAAUGAGAUUAAAAGUGUGAGUACUAGUAAGGAUCUUGAUUUGACGUUGUGUGAGAAAUAUUUGGAAGCUGUUAUGUUAUCUUCGUCGAAGAAAUGUUGUCCGGCCGGUAAAGAAAAUCGUCACCGCCGGAGACAUAGUCGGUCGGCGUCGGUGUCUCUGUGGCGGCCUCAACUUGCUAGCAUCUCUGAGGAUCUUAACUAGUGUUUUUUUUUCCUUCUUCGUUAAUUCUGUCUUUAUUUUCUUAACUCUUUUUAAUCCGGAAAUCGGAUUUUAUUAACAUCCCAAUAUUUUCAUUUUUUUUUUCAAAAAGAAAAGUUAUACUAAUUUGGAUAAGGUCUAUGUUAAAUCGAUGAUCUAACUUCAGUCGUUUGUGGCAGAGGACAAACUCAUAUAAUCUUUAUAUAAAACACUAGGCAUCUGUAAUUGGACCUUAGGACAGGAAUCGAUUUGUAGUACAAUUAAGAAUGAAAAUUUGAAAAUAUUAAACAUGUUU